AUGGAAUCAAAAAAAUCAUGGGAAGAUUUGAUUUUCGAUGCUAUUGCAAAUAAGAAAAUCGACUCUCGUACUUGCAGAAUUUAUAAUCGACAAGUACAGACUCCUCGAGAUGAUGCAAACAAUAAAUGUUGUUGUGGUCGCUUAGUUCGACGCCAUAGUUUUGAUGAUCCCAACAACAUAUCACUAAGUGCAAACAAAGAAAAUGCUAAGGUACCAAAUUCUCCACAGCAAUUUAAGCCCAUACAUUCUACUAUUGUUCCUGUGACCACAUACGGAACAUUAAAAUCCACUGGAUCUAUUGGUUGUAAAUAUAUCCGAAUUGAUCAUCAAACACAUAUGGAGCGUAUCUAUGAGUUGCUUGUUAACGAUUGUGGAGGUACAAAACCAGGUCUCAUUUUAAGUAUUUAUGGUGGGGCUAAAUAUUUCACUAUGACUGAAAAACUGGAAAAAGAAAUUAUACGCGGUAUAAUUGAUGCUGCAGCAACGUCUAAUGCUUGGAUUCUAACCACCGGUAUUAAUAAUGGUGUAUCAAAAUUAAUUGGUGAAGGAAUAUCUCAUUAUCGUUUAUUGAAAGCUAAUCCAAAUAAAAUUGUUUGUAUUGGACUAACAAAAUGGGGAACAAUUAAUGGAAGUACACGUUUUGAAUUGAAAGAGACACCUAAAGAGUGCUAUGGACUAAAGCUAUUUUCUCGACGAAUUCCUGAUGAUGACGACGAUACUGACGAAACCAUCGAACGAAACCAUACACAUUGUAUUCUGUUUGACGAUGGUAAACUAGGUAGUUAUCUAAGUGAUGAACAACGAAGUGCUUUAGUUGAACAUGCAAUGGAAGAUAAAAAUGAUAAAGAUAAAUGUUAUGGUGUAACAAUUAUUGUUGAAGGUGGUAGGAAUACUAUUGAAGUUCUUCAAAAUGAUAUACAAAAAAAACGGCCGAUUGUAUUUAUUGAAGAUAGUGGCCGUUUAGCAGAUGUAUUUGCUUCGUUAAUCAAUCAAACAGCUGAUGCAAAGAAUGAUCAACAAUUUAUUCCAUCAGAUGAAAUUGUGGGAAAAGCUCUGACUGAAUUCUUUCCUAGUCUCGAUAAAGGUGAAAUUGGUCAAAUAACGAAAGGAAUACAAGAGAUAUUAGAUAAAAAGAAUCGUCAUUUACUAAAUGUUUUCCGUAUGGACCGUGAUAAAAGUGUAGCAGAAACAAUAUUUAAAGCUAUUUUUACUAUGAAAAAUAAACAAAAUGAAAUCAAUAAUGGUGAACAAAAAGAUACAGAGGAUGAAGACAUAUUAUUAAAUCUGGCAUCUCAAUGGAACUAUUUUGAUGGUGCUUUAUCAAUAUUAAAAAAACGACAACAUACUACCAGCAAUAAUAACGAAAUUAAAGAGAAAUAUAUGACAUGUUACAAAAAGUUAUUUCGAGAGUCAUUGAUAAAAAAUCAUCCAGUUUUUGUUGAAUAUUUUCUUGCUGCUGGUUUUGAUCCACUUAAACUCCUUCGUACUCCAGGUGCUGAACAUUUUCCUACUGUUGGUUUUGAUCAACUUAAACUCCUUCGUACUCCACAUGCUGAACAUUUUCUUGCUACUGCUUUUGAUCCAUUGAAACGCAUUGGUACUCAAAGUGUUGAACAACAACGCUAUGCAGAACUAUUACAAUUAUAUCAAGAUACCUAUAAGGGAAUAGAUACGAGCAAUCGUGGCUAUAUAAAAGAAUUAUUUGGUCAAUCAAUCGGGAAAACAAUAGAAACACUUGAUAUAAAGUUAAAUAAAUUUAUUGGUUCAUUUAUUGAUGCAAUUUAUUCAAAAGAAGAUAAUACAUGUACGAAACGUAUUUGUAUUGACCUGACAAAUCAUGUAUGUAGUUGUUGCAGUAGUGCAAGAAAGCAUCGUGCUUUGGAUGAUAAUCAAGUUUCUCCACAAAAUGGUAGAGAUACUCAAUCUCAGGAUCAAGAAAAUGAUACGGAAGGUUCAGGUGACAAUAAAGAUACGAAUGUUUCAGGUGAAAAUAACAAUGCGGAAUAUUUACUUGAAAAGAAUAAACUAUUACGUGAUUUAUUUUUAUGGUCGGUAUUCAUGGAUAUGCCUGAAAUGGCGAAAAUAUUUCUCAUUCAUCAACAAUCUCGUAUAUGUGCUUCUUUAAUAGCUUCAGCUAUAUUUAAACAAUACUCGAAAUUGUCGUCAACUGUUGAUCUCAAGGAAAAAUUUCAAAUACAAGGAGAUGACUUUGGAGAAUAUGCAGCUGAUUUUAUCAAUGACUGUUACAAAUAUAAUGAACGAUCAGCAUGUGAAUUACUUCUACGACAAGUACCACUCUUUGGUAAUAUUACAUGCAUGCAGAUCGCUAUUUCAAGCGAAAAUAUUCAACUAGUUGGAACAGCUUGUUUUGAUCAAACACUAACUCAAGUAUGGUAUAAUAAACUGUCUAUGAGAAAUAGUCAGACAUCAACAAGGCCAUUACAAUUUCUAUCCAUAAUAACUUUUGGACUUUUAGCACCAUGGACAAUUUGGUAUCGAGAAAAAGAAACCAAUAUGCAAGAUACAUCAUUAUCAACAGAAGGUAUCAAUUAUUAUGCCGAUAAAGAACCAGCUAAAAGUGCAUUUAAAAAAUAUUGGACCCACUUUUGCUAUUUUCAUGGAAGCCCAUUCAUUAGAAUGUAUUAUCAUUUUAUAAGUUAUAUUUGGUUUUUACUUGUAUUUAGUUAUAUGAUGCUUUAUCAUCUUGAUGGUCCAGAAACAUUUCGAAUUCCACAUUGGACUGAAAUCUAUGUUAUUAUUACAGUAUCAACUAUGUUUUGUGAAGACAUUCGAAAGCUUAUUCAUGAAUACAAAUAUCGAAUGGUUGAACAAUGGGGUUCAACCAAAUCAACUGUAUUAACACUUUUAACAAAUAUAUUUCAUAUUGCAUCAUAUUUUUUAUUUUAUCUUGGUCUAAUAUUUCGAUAUACCGGUUAUAAAGAUAAUGUUUUUGCUGCUGAAAGAAUUAUAUGGGCAUUUGAUCUUGAAUUAUGGUUUCUUGGCUCAUUGAAAUUCGUCGUAGCUUUAAGAUCUGUAGGACCCAAAUUAUUCAUGCUUAAAAAUAUGCUUCGUGAUCUAGCUGCUUUUUUCUAUAUGAUUUUUAUUGCAAUAGCUGCAUAUGGUGUUGUAUCUCGUGCAUUAAUUCUUUACAAACAAAUUCCAUUUACUAGUAGUGAUAUAUUUCGAACAAUCUUCUAUGAACCAUACUGGUUUAUAUAUGGAGAUGUCUCUGACAAAGAUUUACUCGAUAAAAUAAUCAGUAAUGGUACACAAUCACGUGUUGCUGAAGCAACUGCUACACAUGUUUUAUUAACAUUUCAUAUGUUGUUUAUUAAUGUUCUUAUAUUGAAUUUAUUAAUUGCUGUUUUUACUGAUACAAUUGAUAAAGUGAAAGAAAAUACAGAAUUUUAUUGGCGUUGUCAAUGUUAUUCAUUUAUUCGUGAAUAUUUUAAACAACCACCAUGCGCUUAUCCACCAUUAAUUAUAAUUUCGCAUGCUAUAUUACUUAUUCGUUAUAUUUAUUCAAAAAUAACCUGUAAAAGAACUGAAGAUAGUAAUCAUACAUCAGAAUCAAUAACAUUAUUACGUAAUUUCAAAAUGAUCGCAGAACCUAACACUUUAACAAGCGAACGUUGGGAUGCAUUUGAAAAUGCUGCGACUCACAAUUGUGCACGAUCAAAAGUAGAAAAAGCUACAAAGAAUGUUCAUCUAUUAUCUGACGAUGACCAUUCGCAUAAUACAACUAGCACGAAUGAAUCUGAGAUGAUGAAAGCAAUUGUUGAUCAACAACGAAAGAUGAAUGAAAUCGAUAAACAAAUGCAAGAUCAUGCACAAAAGGUAACUGAAUCAUUACAAUGGAUGAUGGAUGCAAUGGCACGAGUAAAAAUGAAUGAUCGAAAGAAAGCACCACCCGCAUUAACAUCAACUCAACCAACAGAAAAUUCUAAUUAA